AUGGCGCCCCAAACCAUCAUCCCCACCCUCCACCACCUCACCUCCUCCCAAUCCCACCGCAUUCUCUUCAUGCUCGAAGAACUCCACGAAGCCCACGGCCUCGACUACCACCUCCACAUCUACCACCGCAACAACCCCACCGAACUCUCCGCCCUCCGCGCCGUCUCCCCCCUCGGCAAAUCCCCUGUUCUCACCCUCGACGGACCGGGCGCCCCUUCCCCCUUCCCCCAACUCCCCCACCACCCCGCCCUCCUCGCUGAAAGCCGCCUCAUCCUCGAAUGGCUGCACGACACCUACGGCCAGGGGAUGUACGAUCCGACGAACGCCGCCGACCACCGCCAGGACCUCUUUUUCCGCGAGUUCGCCAAAGCCACCCUCGCGAUAAAGGUGUUGCUCACUCUAGCCUUCGAAAUGACGCCCGCGGUAGCAGCAGUAGCGGGCCCGGUGGUGGCUCAUUGGAAGAAAGAUCUGGUGCCAAUUUAUGAUUUAAUGGAGGCGACGUUGUCGGAGGAGCGGCCGUGGUUCGCGGGGGAACAGUUCGGGUUGGCGGACUUUAAUAUGAUUUGGGGUGCGGAUGUGGCAAGGGCGAGGGGGUAUUAUGAUCGGGAGAGGUAUCCGAAGGUGGAAGGGUGGUAUCAGAGGGUGGUGGGGAGGCCGGCGUGGAAGAGGGCGGUGGAGAAGGGAGGGGCGUAUAAUCUGGUGACGUUCGAGUAGGUUGAUUCGUCUGCUAUCGCUGUUGACGGACACUAGUCUCGCGAAAAGGAGGAUCUCGACUUACUAUGCUGAAGAAGGUGUGAAGGAAUUAUAUCUUUUCAACA